CUGGCGUCCGGACGGACACAAUAGCAGGCAGCACCGGAAGACAUGCCGUUGGCGCGAAUAACAACAAAGCUGCUGCUGUGAUUUUGCUUUUAAACUAUUAGCUUUAAAUAACUUAUUAUGACGCGUUAUAUAUAUUUAUUUGUGUGACAAAUUGUAUUCGGCUGUGAUAACGCGAGUGUCUAACUUAUGGUCUUAGAAACAUCUCUGUAUUUCUGCUCGUUGCUUGAAAGCUAAACGGUAACGUUGUAUACAAGCUAGCUGCUAAAUGUACACUACAUUAAUAUUUUAUUUAAUAUCUCAGUAUUGCCUACUCGUUGACAAUGUAUAGUUAUUCUUAUUAAGCAAUUUAGGCAUGUUUAGUUCGUGGAGCUGUUAGUGACAGAUUAAAAACACAGAGGUUAAUAUUACUGCGUCUAAACCUGCUGUCACUUUGAGUCAACCGAGGAAAAGGUUCACCAUGUCUAAAGAGGAGAGGGAGGGCUUCAUUGUGAAGUUUGUGGAAACUAAAGGACAAAAGACUGAGUAUGCUCAGAAGGCCUAUGAUGCCAUUUUGGAGCUGCAGUCUGAGAAGUAUUUGAAGACCAUCGAUGAGGACAGUGUUUUACAGCUGGACCAUAAAGACAAGUCUCUGUUCGUCUUCAGUAACUUCACCACGCCAGCUUUCCUCCACUGCAAGAAGCUUGGCUGUAGACUGGUGAGUCCACUGGUGGUUUUGUACUGCCUGCAGCAGCAGCGCUGCGUUCCCAAAGCAGAGAAGCCCGUCUAUAACAUGGCCAUGGCCGACGUCACCAUCUCCUGCACCAACCUGGACAAGCCUACACGGACAGAGGUGAUGGACUUGGUGCAGCUGAUGGGCGGACGUGUGUAUCUUGACCUUAAUGUGUCUGUCACACACCUGAUAGCAGGAGAGGUGGGCAGCAAGAAAUACCUGGUAGCUGCCAGCCUUGGAAAACCCAUCUUACUGCCCUCAUGGGUCAAAGCAUGCUGGGAGAAAUCCCAGGACAGCCUUUUCAGGUACACAGAUUUGCCCAUGGAGGAGUACGUGUGUCCUGUGUUAUAUGGCUGUACAGUUUGUGUUACUGGCCUGUCCACCGCAGAGCGGAAAGAGGUGCAACGUCUGUGCGAGCAACACGGAGCCAACUACUCUGGUCAGCUCAAAAUGAACGAGUGUACGCACCUCAUCGUUAGCGACCCAACAGGUCAGAAGUAUGAGUGUGCACGGAAGUGGAAUGUGUACUGCGUGUCUCUGCAUUGGCUGUUUGACAGCAUAGAGAAGGGCUUCUGUCAGGACGAGAGCCGCUACACUGUGGAGCGCAGCACAGCCAAGCCAAGCCGACCACACACUUCCACCCCCACUGGGACCAGCAAGAAGGAGGAGGGUCCGUCUCUGUUGGGCUUGAGCCACAUUUCUGUCAAUGCCAGUAUGACAAUAAAUGACACGGCCCUCACCAACGGUACCCUCAGUCGUCUGGAAGCUCCUGACCCUCUGGAUAGCCUGGACCUCACUGUGUGCCCUGCUGAUGAUAUCCUGGAUGGCUGUAAGUUGUACCUGUGUGGCCUGCCAGCAAAGAAACUGGAGAAGCUGCGGCGCCUGGUGAACGCUGCAGGCGGCCUGCGCUUCAACCAGCCCAGUGAAGAGCUCACUCAUGUGGUCAUGGGUGAGCCAGACCAAGACCUCAAGAACUUCCUGUCCAAGGCCACACACAGACCUCAUGUAGUGACGGUGCAGUGGCUGCUUGACAGCUUUACCAGAGGCAGCCUGCUCGCCGAGGCUGGCUACUUGCACCCUGAAUGUCUGCCCCCGGCCCCAGCUGCUGUAGCCAUGCCCGCCCCCCACACCACCUCGUCCCGACCCAGCUUGAGCUCAGCUGCUCCACCUGUUGCCAGCCCCAGCACUCCCAGGCACAAGAAAGCGGAGGAGGAUCUCUUGUCUCAGUACAUGGAUGAUGACCGUACAGUGGUUGAAAUGCCUCCCCCGGCUGAGGGCACCAGCAGGAGGUCCAGCCGUGCAGCUGCAGAGCCCCAGGCUGAGCCUUGGGCUCAACAUCAGACCAGUGAACUCGAGCCGUACUCCACCCUGCAGGAGGUCAGUGAGGCCGGCCUGUUUGCAGGGAAGCGUUUCCUGUUGGUGGGAUUUGGCACUGAGGCCGAGGCCCAGCUCUCUGUGCUGGUGACAGAGAACGCCGGCAGGGUGCUUGUGGGCCGAACACGAGCUGUGGCAGACUAUGCCGUGGUCCCACUGUUGGGCUGUGAGGUGGAGGCAACAGUGGAUGAAGUGGUCACUGAUACCUGGCUGGCCAUGUGUGUGGAAAAGGAGUCUGUUCUGCAGCUUUCUUCCAACCCCUUGUUCACCCCUGUUCCUGUGAUGGAGGGCCGCUUUCCACUCAAGGACUGUGUCCUCUCUGUCAGCCAGUUCACUGGAGCAGAGCGGGAGUCCCUAGUGGAGCUGGCCAAGCACCUUGGAGCCAAUGUCCAAGAUUACUUUGUGCGCAUGGCUAAUCAGAAGAAAGGCAUGCUGGCCAGCACUCACCUGGUGCUGCAGAGCCCAGAAGGCACCAAGUACCAAGCAGCCAAGAAAUGGGGGCUGCCAGCUGUCACCAUGCGCUGGAUACUAGAAUCUGCUAGGACAGGCCAGAAAGCAGAGGAAGAGCGUUUUCUUGUUGACCUUCCACCUUCACCAGAGAGGGACGAUGAAAGUUUUGUCGGUGGUUCCCAGAAACCAAACAUGCCUCCUCCAGCGAAUUCCUCCCCAGAGAUCCCCCUGCUGGGUCCCCAGAGCGGCAAGGCCGUCACCCCUCUGGAUGUAGGUCGAUUCCAGAGCAAAGUAUUCCGCUCUGUGUUGGACCAGAUGAAGCCCAAAGAGAACCCCAGCACCCCACGACAAGGCCAGGAGGGCAGCAGGAGGAACCCUCUUCAGAAGGAGCCCUCCCUGCAGCUGGACACUCCCUCUCGCUUCCUCAGCAGAGACCAGCUCUUCAGGCCCUCUUUCAAUAUCAAGGAUGCACUAGGAGCGUUGGAGACUCCAGGGGGAAGGGCCAAGCCAGGAGAGAAGGUGGAGACUCCGCUGACUGAUGUCAUCAACAGGAACCUGCAGGUGGCUCUGGCCAACAGCACCCGUGCCCACACCUCAGAAAUGCAGGCGCUUACUGCUAGCCCCCAGUUCAGCAGGACAAAUGAGCAGGUCCCAGAAAAGGAAGCUGGUCCCCUGGCUGGUGUUGUGAUCUGCGUGGGAAAGAAGCUGGUCAAAAUGCAGGGCGAACUAAACGCCAUUGCUGCCUCGCUCGGCGCAGACUUCAGGUGGACCUGUGAUAACACGGUGACUCACUACAUCUACCAGGGACGUGUUGGAGACAACACACGGGAGUACAGAGGCGUGAAGGAGAGAGGGCUACAUGUGGUGUCCCAGCACUGGCUACAGGCUUGUGCUACGGAGCAGAGGCAUGUCUCGGAGUCUCUGUAUCCGUUCACCUACAACCCGAAGAUGAGCCUGACCCUCAGCCAGGUGCCGGACAGCUCCCAGAGGUCCCCGCCUUUCACACGCACCCAACUCAAAGACACGAGCGAGACUCAGGACAACAAGUCUGAGCACAAUGCCACAGAAGACGGCACAACCUCCCGCUGUGUAAAUGAUGGAGAGGCAGAUCAAGAAGAAGUGCAAGACACAACAGAAAGGACAGAUCUGUCAGAAACUCUGGAAAUGAGAGAAAACCUGCAGAGACAGCUUCAGGAGAUCAUGUCAGCCACCAAGCUGACCACAGGGAGGCGUGCCUCAGCAAGGCUCCUCAGGCUGGGCUCGGGAGGGGCUGACUCACGCCCCAACACCCCUGAUGGGUCUCGGGUUGGACGCAGUGGGAGUAGACGCACUCUAGAAGCUCUGAGGGUGUCCAGAGAAGCAGCCAUGGACCUAAACACGGAGCCGUCCCAGAGUGAACAGAUAGUCUGGGAUGACCCGACAGCGAGGGAGGAGAGAGCCAAGCUGGCCGACAACUUACAGUGGCCCGGCAGCCCCUCACAGCACUCGGAGCCCCUCACAAUCCCACCUCCCACCACAGAAUCAGAAAACGCCCCUCAGCUAAGAGACUCCAUGACGGACUCUGAGCUGGUGGAAAUGGCGGCUUGUGAUGUCAUCGACCAGCAUAUGGGCCAGAGGAUCAUGACCCCUCCAGCAGAGGAGCCCGAAAAUGAUAUCCUCACUCCCAAAGCCCCCACCAUAGCCUUCCCCCUUGCCAACCCUCUGGUAGCACCUGGGCCACAGGAGGAAAGCAAGGAAGAAAAGGAGCCACCGCGAUUCCAGCUGUCCUCCCUCAGCCCUCAGGAACGCAUUGAUUACAGUCACCUCAUAGAGCAGCUGGGGGGCAUUGUCCUGGACAAGCAGUCUUUUGAUCCGACCUGCUCCCACAUCAUCGUAGGAAGCCCGCUGCGUAACGAGAAGUACCUGGCAGCAAUGGCCGCCGGCAAGUGGAUCCUCCACCGCUCCUACUUGGAGGCCUGUCGCUCCGUGGGUCACUUCAUCCAGGAGGAUGACUACGAGUGGGGCAGCAGUUCCAUCCUGGACGCCCUGCCCUCCAUCACCGCCCAGCAGAAGAGACUGGCAUUAGCCGCCAUGCGCUGGAGAAAAACCCUGCAAGGCCGCUCGGAACAGGAGGGAGCCUUCAGCGGAUGGACUGUCAUGCUGAACAUCGACCAGAACAGAGAGGCAGGAUUCAGGCGGUUGCUGCAGUCUGGUGGAGCGAAGGUCCUGCCCAGUCCCUCUCCAUCCUUGUACAAAGAGGCCACUCACCUGUUUGCAGACUUCAAUCGUCUGAAGCCUGGUGACUUCCGGGUCGAUGUAUCAGAGGCUGCCGCUCAGGGAGUCACAUGCCUGAAACCAGAGUACAUCGCAGACUACCUCAUGGAGGAGCCAACGCCACCCAUCAAACUUUAUUACCUGACUGAGACUGCCUCGGAGGAAAAUCCAGGCACCCCGUCUCGCAAACGCAAGGCUGCAGCAGACACCUCCAAGCUGAAAAAGACCCGCCUGAAAUGAAAAACACCCAUAAAUCCAUAAAAUGUUGACAUCGUAUUUCCUCUGUAAUUAUAAUAUUGUGAAAACGCUUUGUACAUAAGAUUUUUUAUUUCUUGUAUGAAAAUAAAAUGAAUGUAACACAUUG